AACGUUUUACCUCAUGUGACCAAUAUAACCUCUGUAUCUAGUUGAAAUAAGUGUUUGCCAUCAGCGGUCCAUACACUAAACAAGAAACACUUAGUUGUUGCUUGCUGUACCUGAUUUCGAGAUCUUGAAAAUACCAAUCUUCCCAUUCAAGGUAAGAAUUAAGAUGCCGCGACAGCUACUCCUGCUCUUUGCUGCUGCUGUUACCAUAACAACAGUCACAUGUCAACUAGGGGAUUACUGUGAAGGCUGUUUAAAGGUGAAAUGUGUGGUUGAGCCCAAUCGAAAGCCGCCGACUCACAAAACAUUACCCAUCUCAGGUCACGUGACCCUGACUCAGAGGGCAAUGGGUCAGGCGACAUUUAUCAACGUUCGCCUGCGAGGAGUGCCCCCCUUAACCGUGCAUGGGUUCCACAUCCACAAGUCUGGAGACAUUAUUACCAAGGGGUGCCAAAGUGCUAAAGGACAUUUCAAUCCAUACGGCAAAACACACGCCGGACCACGAAAAAGAGACCGUCACGUGGGUGACCUUGGGAAUGUGUGGUCUGAUUACCAUGGCAACGUAAGAACCUCAUUUUUCGACCACAUGGUUUCCCUGUAUGGCCCUGACUCUGUGAUUGGUCGAUCCAUCGUGCUCCACGCCGAACGAGACGAUCUAGGGCGAGGGAUUGGGGAAUACCGCACUGGAAGCUUGGCAACCGGGAACGCGGGCGCACGUCUCGCGUGUUGUGUCAUUGUACACGUCUAAACGACAGUUAGAUUAGCACACGUCUAGACAGUCGACAGAUAUCAGUCAUAAAUCGCGCUUUGGUUGACGAUAAAACAGCUGAUACUACUGGCAGGGUAUAUCGUUCUUCAAAAAACCAUUGAAGCGGGCUCCAGCAUGUAUCUCAGCUUCCCAUGCGAUCGUCACACUUCGUGAUAAAACUUAUUGGAAGUCUUUUGGAAAAAAAACCGUUGCCAAACGAAGUAAGCCUUGUAUUGAUUAUCACAGCAUUAAAUAAAAAGCGCGGAGUACUUGC